AUGCAAGAACGAUCGAGAAACCUGAGGUCGUUCGCAGGCACUCAGCUGAAUAGAAUCGCAUCUUCAAAUGCGGUCAAUAAAGCUUAUGAUCUUGCUUCAAAGGCUCGAGAAGCCGUGUCACAAGCGUCACCAUCAUCUACCCCACCCCCAAGUGGCAGCGGCCAGCCGCAGACGUGGCGAGAAUGGGCAUUACAAAAAUUACCGAAACGUGGACCUGAUGUAGCAGGUGUCGAAACCGUUUACUUAUUCCCGGCCGGUUUUCUCCUCAAACUGCACAUAUCUGGAUUCGCUAGUAGCUUGAGACCACCUGAGCAAGCGACUAGAUCUCAAAAAGCAUUCAUGGCGAUAGCCAGGAGAUUGGCUGCAUUACCGAAUCUUCCGCCAGAUAUUCAAGGAAAUGUUCCUACAGGUGUACAGCAGUUGCCUAUCUCUCCAUCCACACAGGAUUUACUACAGCUCCAGGGGGACGCGUCAAUCGACCGGGAAGCUGAAGAACUACAGGCGCUCAAUGCCGAACUAGCGGAACUCCCAUCUGAAACCCGUGAAACUUUGGCGAAAGAUACGGUAAAUCCGACUACCGCAACGAUGUCUGUUCCCCUUGAACAACUUAAGCGCAUGCACUCCAAUUUGGAUCUUCGACUCCAACCUUUCUGGUCCAGUGGCAUUCCCAACCGACCAGUCAUACUAUCGAUAUUCUGUAGUAAUGAUAGCGAUCAAGGAGAGACCAUUGAGACUACCUCCUUCACACCCCUUGAAGAGGGGAGGCAGCCCUUGUUCAAGAUCCAGACCUCGACAGAUGCACAAGGAACCUUCAUUCAGGAUAUAUCUAUCCCUUUUGAAACAAUCUGUACGAACCCUGAAGGUCUAUCGCUCGCCUUUGGUAAUUACGAUACAGAACCCAAGGCUGAACUAGGACCCAUACUUCAGAUUCAACCCCCAGAAGACGAGGGCUAUAUUCGUGAAACAAAAACGAUCGCGACACAUAUAACCAUUCCUGUAACUAAUCGAAAAGUCAGGGUUAUCA